CAGACUCCGGAGCGAACAACGCGACGGCUGCCGUCAUUUAACCAACACAUGCGGCGACCUUCUUCGUCAUCUCAUGUAUCACCAACAUCGCCAGACUUCCUGUUGGAGAGGCAGGAGAGGAGCAAGCCACGUCGGCCUUCCUUGCACCAUCUCUCCCGGUCGCAAACAUUGCCUCGAAGUUACCCAAGAAGUCCAGUGAGAGAGAAGACAAUAAACUCCCUAGAUGUAUCCCUGGAGCCUGAAGUGGUCUUGAAAUUAAGGAGAUGGAUAUUCUGCGCUCUCGUUGUAAACUUCGACCUUGACUUGGGACCUGUUGUGGACGGUAUCUGUCCCCCGACCUCCUUUUCGGAGAUGGAGAAGGAGAACAUUUGCUUCUCUUCGUUUCCUGACUCAUUUCGUUAUGCGGAGGGCGCGGAGGCGCAUACAUUCCGAAUACGAGAGCAGUCACCUACUUCGGCCUCACACGAUGGCUUCCUGUAUGGUUUCUCCUACUUUCGAAGGCGGAAGGAUUCAACAUCUUUGCGUGGUUAUGACCAGAGAUCGCUGAUCAUCCUGGCAUAUCAUCCUUGGCCUUCAUUAUUUUUGGAACUAAUUAAACGCCUUGGACCGAUGUUUCUUGCUCACGGAGGACCUAUGCUAGAAUCAGCCUGCCACAACAUCGCUAACUGGCCUGCACCAGAUCCAGGAACGACGCAUGAACUAGGCUUCCUAGGCUCUGUCCUUACUGUUGAAUUGCCAGGCGGUGUCGACCAGCAACAGAGUAUCGAGAUGUCAUCAUUUCGCAAAAAGUUUGACCCAGAUCUACAUCUCUUAGCAUCAGUUGCGCCAGUAGCACCACCUCCGCUACGACUUUUUGCCGCAUCAGUCACACAUUUAUGGUCAAUAUGGGAGUGCAUACUCUUAUGUGAACCACUUCUUGUUUUUGGUCCCUCGCCUGCAAUGACCAGUCAAGCUAUUUGGUGGUUCGUUGACAUCUUGAGACCCGUCUCCUUUGUGGGAGACUUUCGCCCAUACUUCACAAUUCAUGAUAAAGAAUACCACACGAUUGUCAAUAAAAAUCGGCCGAAGUCGGGACUAUUACUGGGUGUAACCAAUCCACUGUUUGAGAGUAUGUGCAAGCACUGGCCCCACAAGCUCAGUUUGGGCGAGGAAAUCGAUACAUCAAAAUCGAUUGGGUCGAAUAAUCCCAUUAUCGCUGGUCCUGUGCCCGGGUGGCAGACCAAAACUCACAAUCGCUAUAUUUCAAAAGAUAGAGAUCUACUGAAGCAGCUAGAAUCUGCUAUAAAGAAAGGUGGACCUUUGGAUGUGGACGGGAGAUUGUCGCUGCUCUUACGACGUCACUUCACCACCCGCUCCGUUCAAUUCCUUGUUCCGCUGAAUCGCUACCUUAACACACUUAUACCUUCGCCCGCAACUGGUUCAGUGGGAGGGGCUCCACCCGCGCAAUCGCUAAAGCCAUUCAACCGAGAUCAUUUCUUUGCAUCACUUAAGACUCACGGAUCGCCACUUCCCUUUCGUAGCUCAGCGAAGCAAAAGGAGUUUUACGAGCGCUGGCUGCGGACACCUGCGUUUGGGCUCUGGAUGGCGAAGCAGGAGGAAACGAUCAACCAGUUUCUACGAGGGACCUCAUAGGCGUUGCAUCCGAACCAGACCUACCUUUUUAUCCAUUAUACUCAAGGUGACCACUUCGGAGAUUCUCGCGAAUGUACAUAGCCCUCGUGAUAUACUGUGCAUAUCAUCAUGAUUCCGAGCUUUUAAGGCUACAUUUUUAGCCGCCAACGAUCGUGCUUCAGCUACACACCUGCCGGGUGACGAUGGACCAGCUAGUUCGUGAAGAAAUCACGGUGCCCCUCUACAACCCUAAUGAAGUCAAGCAACCCUCCGAAAGGAGACACGAGCGUCUCGUUGGAGUCUAGGAUGACGUUGCGGAUACCAGUUUGACGGAUGUACUUCUCGUUUUCUGGGCGCAAGCUAGCGCAUUGACGCAAGGAAACCUCUUCCAGCUCACUGACACCCUCAAGCGGACGUCCAUUCCUGCUAACUCGGCUCUCCAGAACGGGAACAAUAUCUGCGUCCUCAAAGUCCUCGCAUCCCCCGAAUCUGAUGGACUUGAGGUUGGGAACCACUUGUUGGUCGGUCCGAUGAGGUUCCCAAACCAACGCGCGCAACAAGACUGGCGUAAUGAGGGCGUGAUUGAUCGUCAGAUGUGUGAGCGUCGGUGUUGCUCGAAGAAUGUCAAGGAGACACAUGUCCGUUGCACCCAUAUCACCUAUUGCAAGAUGCGUGAGAGGUGGGCGUUCACUCGCUGUGAUGAAGCGAAGCAAAGUAUCCCAGAUUCCAUUCAGCGUUUCUGCUCCUCCACGCAUUGCAAGUCGCUCGAGCUUCGGUGCGGAGAUGACCUCAAAUAAUGGUCGAGAAUCUAGAGGUACCUCCCAGCUGUCCCAGCUGACGUAGAGAGCCCGUAGCUUGGGAAGCUCAAGUCGACCAUAUGUAGCAUCGACUUCAGAGUCAUUUGAACGGUUCAGCCCGAUGUACGCAGUAUGUAGGUUUGGCAGUUCCCUCAGUAUUUCUACUGCUGUCCGGCAGUCCAUCCAGAAUGGAUUCCGCAUCUCCGAAAGCUCCAGCCGAGAAAGCUGUCGUUGACUGUAGAGAGACUGUUGGUCGAGCCCGAUGUUCUCGAGCGAAAGGAAUGUUAGCUUGGGCAUCUGUUUCGACAGAUCAAGAUGCAAAGGUCGUGAGGACGUUACCACCUCGGAAAUCCCGACCAAGUCCAAGACUUCCAACGACAUCAUUCCGUCAAAGCCCAGGUCAGCUGCAACAGAUAAAGGAAGCGUGCCUUGCAAUGAGCGAAUACGAUGUCGAUGAGGGGAGAUAAGUGCCAUAAGUGUCCUGUA